UACUCCGUCCCUGUAUUGCAUGUUGUUUGUGUCUUUUAUUGAUAAAUUGGACAAUUUAUAACUUAUCCAUCAUUAAAUGCAACACUACGUCUAAAUUUGCUAAGCUCUAAAAGUUGAAAACGAUUUAAACAAUUUCAGAAGUGAACCCAGUACGCAGAUAAAAAAUGAUUUGGAUACUCCUCGUCGUCCUAACUGCUGUGGUUGCAGUUUGGCAAUUUUAUGUUAAACCUUUGAAAUAUUGGUCGGACAGGGGCGUAAAACAAACCAAUCCCUGGAUAUUUUUCGGUGAUUUGGUUAGCACAUCUUUCAGGACAAUAUCCUUUGCCGAAUGGGGAGAUUAUGUCUACAAAAUGUAUCCGGAUGCCAGGUACGUCGGAUGCUAUCAAUUUAAUAAACCCACUCUGGUCAUUAGAGAUCCGGAAUUGUUAAAGCAGAUCAUGGUUAAGGAUUUCGAUUCCUUUAUGGAUCAUCAGCCCUUGUUUUCCGAUCAAUCAGAUCCUCUCUGGUCGAAAAACCUAUUUGCUUUGAGAGGUCAAAAAUGGAAAAACAUGAGGAAUAUCCUGUCCGCGUCGUUCACCAGCAGCAAAAUGAAGUACAUGUUUAGUUUGAUGUUAGACGCAGUCGAUGAUUUCACUAAUCAUUUCGUCGAGAAAAACGAAGACUUCAUAGAAGUGGAAAUGAAGGAUGUGUUCACGAGACUAGCCAAUGACGUGAUCGCAACAACAGCAUUCGGAAUUAAGGUCGAUUCCCUGACCAAUCCGCAAAACGAAUUUUAUCUUCACGGAAAAGAGGCCACCGAUUUAACUGGAAUCAUCAUCAAUCUGAAAUUCCUCGGUUAUUUGCUUGUGCCGUGGUUCUUUGAAGCGUUUAAAAUACCGUUCUUCAACAGGAAGAUACGCAAUUUUUAUAACACGAUCGUCGGCGACACUAUCAAAGCACGCGAGGAGCAAAAUAUUGUACGUCCCGAUAUGAUAAACAUACUUCUAGAGGCUCGAAAAGGGCUAAGUAACAAGUAUAUGAAUCGAAAUGCAACGAACAUGGACGAUUAUAGCGAUGAAUUAGUAGAGAAACUAAAAUCGAAACGCAUCGUCGAACUAACCGAUCAGGAUAUAACUUCGCAGGCCAUGAUAUUUUUCUUAGCCGGUUUCGAUCCUUUGUCCACCACAAUGUGUUUCGCGUUUUACGAGUUGGCCUGCAACCCCGACGCUCAAGACAAACUGAGAAAAGAAAUUUUGGAAGUCUUGGAGCAUACCAACGGGAAAGUGACGUACGAAAACCUGGUCGGAAUGAAGUAUCUGGAUAUGGUAGUAUCGGAAACCCUAAGAAAAUGGUCAGUAUCGCCACUGUCAGACAGGGUGUGCACCAAACCGUACGUCAUAGAACCAGUCAGUCCAGAAGAACGACCGGUUCAUCUUAACCCGGGCGAUUUAAUCAUGACGGCCUCGUACAGUGUGCAAAGAGACCCGAAAUAUUUCCCGGACCCAGAAAAGUUCGAUCCGGAGAGAUUUUCAGACGAAAAUAAAAACAAUAUCGUUCCGUACACCUACUUUCCGUUUGGCGUGGGACCGCGAGCUUGUAUCGGGUCUAGGUUCGCCAUUUUGGAAGUUAAAGCCAUCCUGUUUAGAUUGAUAUCAAAAUUUGAAUUUAUUCCCACGGCCAAAACGCAGAUUCCUCUGGUACUAUGCAAAAAAAAUUUCAAUUUAUUCGCCGAAGGACGCUUCUGGAUGGGCCUGAAACGUCUCCAAACAUAUUAAGCGGAAUUGUUAUUUUUUACUGCUUUCUAAGUAAAAAAUGUAUUGAACCUGAAAUAACUUUCGGAAUAUAUUUUUGGUAUAUAAAACAUUACACACAGUUAGUUACGUUAUUUUUUCUAUGAUUGUGGGGAAAAAAAGAACUAAAAUGUUUAUUAAUGUGUAUAACAAUAAAAUAAACAAUUGUAAAACACAUUUUAAAGUGUCAUUUAAAUUUUACACAGUUUUUGUUAAAAAUAAAGACUCUUGCAUUGGGAGAAGAUGAAUUAAAUAUU